AACGGGUGCAGCUGGGGCCAGAGUUGAGGAACAAAGAAUCUUGCUGAGUCCUGCCCAGGCCCUCACCCUGGGGUCAGGGAGUUUGGAGGGUUUCCCUAGACCUGCCCUGUGCCAUGGCAGCCUACCUUCUCCCCACCUGCGCCCUCCUCCUGACCUUACUCGGCACAGCCCAAGGCAUCAGUGGCCCUGUGGUACCCAACCAGCCCUUCACCACCAUCUGGAAUGCAAACACCCAGGGAUGCCUGGAGAUGUACGGCGUGGACGUGGAUGUCAGUGUCUUUGACGUGGUGGCCAACCCAGGGCAGACCUUCCUCGGCCCGGACGUGACCAUUUUCUACAGCUCCCAGCUGGGCACCUACCCCUACUACACGGCUUCUGGGGAGCCAGUGUUCGGCGGCCUGCCCCAGAACGCCAGCCUGGACACUCACCUGGCCCGCACGUACCGGGACAUCCUGGCUGCCAUGCCUGCGUCUGACUUCUCAGGGCUAGCCGUCAUUGACUGGGAGGCCUGGCGCCCACGCUGGGCCUUCAACUGGGACGCCAAAGACAUUUACCGGCAGCGCUCACGGGAACUGGUACAGGGGCAGCACCCUGACUGGUCAGCUCCUCGUGUGGAGGCAGCAGCCCAGGACCAGUUCCAGAGGGCCGCGCAGGCCUGGAUGGCGGGCACCCUCAAACUGGGGCAGGUACUGCGGCCUCGAGGCCUCUGGGGCUUCUAUGGCUUCCCUGACUGCUACAAUUAUGACUUUCUAAGCCCCAACUACACUGGCGAGUGCCCAGCGGGUGUCCAUGCCCAGAACGACCAACUGGGGUGGCUGUGGGGCCAGAGUCGUGCCCUCUACCCCAGCAUCUACAUUCCUGCAACACUGGAGGGCACAGGGAAGGCAUGGAUGUAUGUGCGGCACCGAGUGGGUGAGGCAUUCCGUGUGGCUGUGGGUGCUGGGGACCCCGGUCUGCCGGUGCUGCCCUAUGUCCAGAUCUUCUAUGACAUGACGAACCGCUUUCUGCCGCUGGACGAGCUGGAGCACAGCCUGGGGGAGAGUGCAGCCCAGGGAGCAGCAGGAGUGGUGCUCUGGGUGAGCUGGGAGAACACGAAAACCAAGGAAUCAUGCCAGGCCAUCAAGGAGUAUGUGGACACCACACUGGGGCCCUUCAUCCUGAAUGUGACCAGUGGGGCGCGUCUCUGCAGUCAAGCCCUGUGCUCAGGCCAUGGCCGCUGUGCCCGGCACCCCAGCCAUCCUGAGGCCCUCCUCAUCCUCAACCCCACCAGCUUCUCCAUUGAACUCACGCCUGGUGGCAGGUCCCUGACCCUACGAGGUGCCCUGUCACUUCAGGAUAGAGAACAGAUGGCAGUGGAGUUCCAAUGUCACUGCUACCCUGGCUGGAGGGGAGCAAGGUGUGAGCAGCAGGGCACAUGGUGACUGGCCACACACCAGGACGCACACACCGAGCACCACCCAGUGCACUCUGGACCUGGCCAAGGCUUUCUCAAGUAUAGGCAUAGCUGCACAAGUCACGGUCACAGUCCAGAGUGCACUCAGCCGCCAUCAGGGAGUGUGUGCCUGCAUAUACACGCGUGGUUACAGACAAAGACAGUUGCAUAAGGAGAUCGAAUCUCUGUCACCUACCCAGCAGGGUCAAAAGCAUCACCUCCAGUGACACUGACUGAGCCAGUCUUUAAACUGCAGCACUGGCAAAAACUGACGUUCUCUGAGCGCCCACUCUUCACCAAGUCCUGUGCUAAGCAUUUUAAGUAGACUAAUGCAUUCGGUCCUAACGUGACGCUGUGAGGACACUGAGCAACACGCAGGGAGGGAACACCCUUUGCCAACAGUUGCACAGCCAGACAAUGGAGAAGCGAGAUUUGGACCCAGGCUGUCUGGCUCUAAAGGUAGAGAGAGCCCUUUGGCUCCUACUGUGUUGACGGUAACCAGCCCUUCACACAACCUGAAUCCGCUCAGAGGCACCAGCCCUGUAAGUAAAGUAGACAUGAUUCUUA